AUGGAAGGAGUCGAAAGACCACCAGGAAUCCUUGCAAAUGCUCUUUGGGAAAUUAAAACUCAACAAAAUGGGAAGGAUCCUCCUCCAUUAUUAUUUCAAAAAAGGACCCGUUCCAUGGAUGGAAGAAGAGGAAUGUUAGCAGUAGGUUUAAAAGAAAUGAAAGCAGCGUUAGAGGAGUUAAAGGCGGACAGGGAAGAAGAAAGCACUCGAAUUGGUAUUUUGGGAUCAGCACUGGAAGAAAUGAAGGAGAUUUCGUGCAGUAAACCUACCAUCGACAUAGUAACUCGUCCAAAAUCAGCAGAUCAAGUGGAACCUAAAGGAAUGAUAGGUCUUCUGUUACAGAACAAGGACGAAGCAGAACUGGAAUAUCUCGGAUUGAAGGCGUUAAUGCUCGACAAUGUGCAAAAAGCCGAUGUGGAAAAACCCGAAGUGGAUAGAAAAACGCCAUCACAAGAAGACACCGCUUCCACCACGCGGAAAAAAAUGUUCGUUCCAAAGAUGAAGUCGAAAGAAAGCGUGUCGAGUAGCGAUGAGACUAAAACACGAGCAUCUCCACCUGAAUCAAAAACUACUUUUACGGAUUCUUCUCCAAGAAUAGGAUCACCUAUUCCACCGAAGACAACUUCUUCACCUGCGAAUGAUAACCUAACGAGCGACUCACAAGAGGAAAAAGUCAAGGAUGGAAAAGAAUCGGAGCCUUCAGAGACACAAGUAGAUCUAUCAAUGGCGGAUCCGCAAACGAAAAUCCUGUACAUGGCCAAGCAUGAGCAAUGGCCAACGAUGGAAGCUGAACUGGACACGGUGAAGAAAAAUGAUUUUUCGCUUGCUGAUCAGAACGGGUUCACAGCACUUUUGCUUGCAGUAAAAGAAGGGAAACGAUCGUUGUUCGAAAAACUUUUAGCCAAAGGAGCAGACAUCAACACUGUAACGAAGGACCAUCGAAAUGCUGCGCAUAUUUGUGCGAUGUACGCUGACAAAGAAAUGUUGGAUGCGAUUAUCGCCAAGAAUCGAGAUCUACUACGACGGGCUGCGGGGCCUCAUCAACAACUCCCCAUACAUUUGGCAUGCGAGCGAAGAUCAAAGAAAACGUUCUUUAUCGUUCGAAGGAUCCUGGAUGAAUAUGAACAACAACGGCUCGAACGAGAUGGGAACGGAUCCAUGCCGAUUCACCUCGCUCUUAAGGUAGGAAAUGUAUCUCUUGCUGAACUGCUCCUAUCACAUCACUCUCAGCAGCAGAGCAACGCAAGAGAUGGUGCUGGUGACACCUUACUGCAUUUGGCGUGCAGAGGCGGCAGCAUGGAAGCAAUUCGAGUCGCAAUUGCUGCCGGAUGCGACGAUGCGAACAUGCAGAAUGCUGUUGGGAGAACACCUUUGCACGAGGUCGCUCACCUGGGCGACGCGAAUCUCCUAAAAGUCAUGUUCAAACUGCAUGCCAAUGCCAAUAUUCUUGACAAGGAUGACAAAACUCCUGUUCACGUGGCGGCAGAACGCGGCUUCACCUCGAUCGUCGAACAGCUGAUUGACAAAUUUGGUGGCUCUAUCAGAGCAAGAACAAGAGACGGCUCCACCCUCCUUCACAUCGCUGCCUCAUCUGGACAUACGAGCACAGCGCUGGCUUUCCUAAAAAGAGGAGUUCCUCUUUUUAUGCCGAACAAGAAGGGUGCCUUGGGUUUGCAUUCAGCAGCAGCAGCUGGCUUCAAUGAAGUUGUGAAGAUGCUCAUAGCCCGAGGAACGAACGUCGACAUACGAACAAGGGACAACUACACAGCACUUCACGUAGCCGUUCAAUCAGGGAAAGCAUCUGUAGUAGAAACGCUGCUAGGAGCUGGAGCAGACAUUCACGUGAAAGGCGGGGAGCUUGGACAAACCGCACUACACAUCGCUGCUUCGCUAAGUGGUCCCGAGUCUCGCGAAUGCGCUAUAAUGCUGCUGAAGUCAGGAGGGCAACCCGAUGUAGCACAGGAAGAUGGCGAGACAUGUCUGCACCUUGCCGCUCGAAAUGGCAAUCGAGAGAUCAUGAGGUUACUGCUAAACGAAAACGCCAACCUCCAGCUGAUGUCGAAGACAGGCGAAACGCCACUGCAUGUGGCCGCAAAGUCCUGCAAUUUCGAGGCUGCCCAGAUGAUUGUGAAUCACAUGGCGCAGAGCCUCAGUCCGGAUGAAAUCCGUAGAUAUGUGAACCAAAGAACAAAUGAUGGCUUCACUGCAGUUCACUAUGCGGCAGAGAUAAGCUCAGAUCAGCUACAUUUUCCUGGUGAAGACGCUAAGCUCAUGAACCUUCUCAUUGAUUACGGAGGACAAGUGGAUUUGCAAUCUCUGAACAGUAACGAAACGGCUAUGCACAUGGCAGCUCGCUCAGGAAAUCAAGCGGUCCUCCUGGCCAUGGUAAACAAAAUCGGAGCAGGCACAGUGCAGAUCGUGCAGAAUAAACAGAGUAAAAACGGCUUGUCCCCACUUCUGGAGGCUUGUUCGCGAGGUCACACUGGAGUGGCGCAGAUCCUUUUACAACAUCACGCACGCAUCGAUGUCUUCGACGAUAACGGACGAACGGCGCUGCAUUUGGCAGCGCUAAACGGGCAUUUACAAAUUGUCCAUCUUCUACUUCAACAUAAGGCAUUCGUAAACAGCAAAUCGAAAACUGGUGAAGCUCCUCUUCAUUUGGCUGCUCAAAAUGGGCAUGUGAGAGUGGUGAACGUACUCGUACAAGACCAUGGAGCCAGUUUGGAAGCAAUUACGCUAGAUAAUCAGACGGCGCUUCAUUUUUCUGCCAGACAUGGACAGCUGGUUGUCAGCCAGACCCUUCUCGCUCUGGGUGCGAAUCCGAAUGCACGUGAUGAUAAGGGGCAAACGCCUCUUCAUCUGGCAGCUGAGAAUGAUUACCCGGAUGUGGUGAAGUUGUUUCUAAAGAUGAAACAGAACAACCGUGGUGUGCUGACCGCAAUUGAUCAUAAUGGUUUCACCUGCGCACAUAUUGCUGCAAUGAAGGGUUCACUGGCAGUGGUAAGGGAGUUGAUGAUGAUUGACAAGGCUAUGGUGAUUCAAGCUAAGACGAAGACGUUGGAGGCUACUACGCUGCACAUGGCUGCCGCUGGAGGACAUGCGAAUAUCGUGAAAAUCCUUCUCGAAAACGGAGCAAAUGCAGAGGACGAGAAUGCUCAUGGUAUGACGGCUCUGCAUCUGGGUGCAAAAAACGGCUUUGUUUCGAUCCUCGAAGCGUUCGACAAAUCCCUUUGGAGAAGGUGUUCGAGAAAGACGGGCUUGAAUGCGCUUCAUAUUGCUGCCUAUUACGGGAACUCAGACUUCGUCAAUGAAAUGUUGAAAAGUGUUCCUGCAUCAAUUCGCUCGGAACCUCCAAUAUACAACCACCACGUCGUCAAAGAGUUUGCCACUGAGUACGGUUUCACUCCUUUACAUCUUGCCGCGCAGUCUGGCCAUGACUCACUUGUCCGAAUGCUCCUCAAUCAAGGGGUACAAGUGGAUGCGACCAGCACCACCAUGAACGUGAUUCCCUUACAUCUGGCAGCUCAGCAAGGGCACAUCGCUGUAGUGGGGAUGCUUCUAUCGCGAUCAACACAACAACAGCAUGCUAAGGAUUGGCGAGGACGAACUCCUCUCCAUCUAGCAGCUAUGAACGGACAUUACGAAAUGGUUUCAUUACUAAUUGCUCAAGGAUCUAAUAUAAAUGUCAUGGAUCAGAACGGCUGGACUGGAAUGCAUUUUGCAACGAAGGCUGGUCAUUUAAACGUAGUCAAAUUGUUUGUUAAGAGUUCAGCCGACGAAUUAGCCGAAACGAAAGAAGGCAAGGUACCGUUGUGCUUUGCUGCCGCUCAUAACCACAUCGAGUGUCUGCGGUUUCUUUUAAAGCAAAAACACGACACACACCAACUUAUGGAGGAUCGUCGAUUCAUAUUCGACCUGAUGGUGUGCGGAAAAGGAACUGACAAUGAACCACUGCAGGAGUUCAUACUUCAAAGUCCGGCCCCUAUAGACACCGCAGUUAAAUUGUCAGCUCUGUAUAGAGACAUGUCGGAAAAGGAGAAGGAACGCGCGAAAGACUUGUCCAAUGUGGCUGUAUUCUCCGAAAACAUGGCUGUGGAACUGCUAGGGAUUACCGCAACGGAAUAUAAUGCUGCGAUACUACUCAAAGCAAAAGACAAUCGAGGACGUCCGUUGUUGGAUGUUCUGAUAGAGAAUGAGCAGAAAGAAGUGGUGUCGUAUGCGUCUGUUCAACGAUAUCUAACGGAAAUCUGGACCGCACGUGUAGACUGGUCUUUCGGUAAAACUGUUGCAUUCACUUUGUUUGUACUAAUUUGUCCACCCGCUUGGUUCUAUUUCUCGCUUCCUUUGGACAGUCGCAUAGGUCGAGCACCAAUCAUCAAAUUCGUCUGUCACAUUGUUUCUCACGUGUAUUUUACUAUUCUAUUAACUGUAGUUGUACUAAAUAUCACUCACAAAAUGUACGAGGUUACAUCAGUGGUGCCUAAUCCUGUAGAGUGGUUACUGCUGCUAUGGCUCAGUGGAAAUUUGGUGUCAGAGUUGUCUAAUGUAGGAGGCGGCUCUGGUUUGGGUAUAGUGAAGGUCCUCAUAUUGGUUCUUUCUGCUGCUGCUAUCGCCGUACAUGUGCUCGCUUUUCUGCUUCCUGCCGUUGUGAUGACCCAUCUUGACAACGACGAAAAGCUGCACUUUGCAAGAACUAUGCUUUAUUUGAAGAACCAGCUUUUUGCAUUUGCUUUACUUUUUGCUUUCGUGGAAUACCUCGACUUCCUUACAGUGCAUCACUUAUUCGGGCCUUGGGCCAUCAUUAUCAGGGAUCUUAUGUACGAUCUUGCUCGUUUUCUUGUUAUUUUGUUGUUAUUUGUUGCGGGUUUUACUUUACAUGUCACAUCUAUAUUUCAGCCAGCAUACCAACCGCUUGAUGAGGAUAGCGCCGAGUUGAUGCGCCUUGCUUCUCCUGAACAAACGCUCGAAAUGCUGUUCUUCUCAUUGUUCGGGCUGGUGGAACCAGACAGUAUGCCACCGCUUCACCUAGUGCCUGAUUUCGCCAAAAUCAUCUUGAAGUUACUGUUUGGUAUUUAUAUGAUGGUCACACUUAUUGUGCUCAUAAAUUUAUUGAUUGCUAUGAUGUCGGAUACAUAUCAAAGGAUUCAAGCUCAAUCUGAUAAGGAGUGGAAGUUUGGACGCGCAAUCUUGAUUCGACAGAUGAACAAACGUAGUGCAACUCCAUCUCCUAUCAAUAUGCUAACUAAGCUCUUCGUCGUCCUCAAAGUGGCGUUUCGGAACCGCUUACGAGUAUGUACUCAAAAAGCUCAGCAAGACUUACGGUUUGAAGAAAACAUCGAUGCGUUUUCGAUGGGUGGAGGUCAUCAAGGUAGAACAAGUCCAACCAUGCGUGAGGAUGGGACAGACAUGCGGGGUGAUGGGGCUGAACUGGGCGCCAGCACCGAUUGGAAUAUAGAAACCGUGAUCGACUGGAAGAGAAUCGUCUCGAUGUAUUACCAAAUGAAUGGGAAGAAGGACGAGCCAGACGAAGUUGAAGACUAA